CAACCUUCCUCAAUUUUUAUGAUUUUGAUUUUCGAAAGAAUGAGUCCAAGGAGACUAUAUCCUUGUAAACCAUCCAUACUUAAACCCAUCUUCCUCCUCAUUUCCAUGGCUGCCUGUUUUUCCACUUCUCGCUCCCUCCCAUUCGUCUUUUACCAGCGCCUCUGCUUCAACCCUUCCUUCGUAUCACGUUCCCUUUCUCACCCCAAUCUUCGCCUGAAAUCCCGCCCUUGUCCCCUCUGGUCUUCGUCUUUCUCCCUCUGUAUUCACGCCCUCCGCAUCUCAGCUCCCCUCCCCCCGCUUUCUCCCCGCAAGCCGGAAACUCGUUCCCGAUCGUUCUCGAUGGCGUCGGCGCCGGCGACCGAUGACAAUCCUUUGUUGAAGGAUUUCUAUUUCCCCCCGUUCGAUUUGAUCGCCGCAUCUCACGUCCGCCCCGGGAUUCGCGCUUUGCUGAAGCGACUGGAAGGUGAAUUGGAGGAAUUGGAGAGGACUGUGGAGCCGACGUGGUCUAAGCUGGUGGAGCCAUUGGAGAAGAUCGUAGAUAGAUUGACUAUGGUUUGGGGUGCCGUUAAUCACCUUAAGUCCGUGAAAGAUAAUCCUGAAAUCCGCUCCGCCAUUGAAGAAGUUCAGCCAGAACAAGUCUCUUUUGCACUAAGGUUGGGCCAGAGCAAACCAAUGUAUAAUGCAUUUAAAGCUAUCAGAGAGUCUCCGGAUUGGCAUGGUCUUAGUGAUGCUCACAAGAGAAUUGUCGAGGCUCAAAUAAGGGAGGCUGUCCUGAGUGGUAUUGCCCUUGAAGAUGAUAAAAGAGUGAGAUUCAAUGAAAUUGAGCAGGAAUUGACAAAAUUGUCACGGAAGUUUGGGGAGAAUGUCUUAGAUGCCACAAAGAAGUUUGAAAAAUUAGUAACUGACAAGAAAGAAAUUGAGGGGUUGCCAGCUACAGCUCUUGGUUUGGCUGCCCAGACAGCAGUGUCUAAAGGACAUGAAAAUGCUACUGCAGAAAGUGGGCCAUGGAUUAUUACAUUAGAUGCACCAAGUUAUAUGGCUGUAAUGCAACAUGCAAAAAACCGUGUGCUACGGGAAGAGCUGUACCGUGCCUACCUAACUCGUGCUUCAAGUGGAGAUCUUGAUAACACAAAAAUUAUUGACCAAAUUUUAAAGCUUAGGUUGGAGAAAGCUAAGCUUCUAGGGUACAAGAGCUAUGCAGAGUUAAGCAUGGCUAGCAAAAUGGCUACUGUUGAUAAAGCAGAAGAACUACUUGAAAAACUUCGUAGUGCUUCCUGGGAUCAUGCAGUUCAAGAUAUGGAAGACCUCAAAGACUUUUGUAAAAGUCAAGGUGCUCCAGAAGCUAAAGAUUUGAACCAUUGGGAUAUUGGUUUUUGGAGUGAGAGGCUUCGUGAAUCCAAGUAUGAAUUAAAUGAGGAAGAAUUGCGCCCAUAUUUUCCACUACCAAGGGUCAUGGAUGGUCUUUUUAAGCUUGCAAAUAAGCUUUUUGGUAUAUAUGCUGAACCUGCUGAUGGUUUAGCUCCGGUAUGGGACAAGGAUGUCCGCUUCUACCGUGUGAAUGAUUCCUCAGGCAGUCCCAUAGCAUAUUUUUACUUCGAUCCAUACUCACGUCCAUCUGAAAAGCGUGAUGGUGCAUGGAUGGAUGAAGUCGUUGGUCGAAGCCGUGUAUUGUCUGUAGAUGGUGCUUCUGUAAGGUUGCCUGCUGCCCAUAUGGUUUGCAAUCAAAUGCCACCUGUGGGAGAAAAACCCAGCCUGAUGACAUUCCGUGAAGUUGAGACAGUCUUCCAUGAGUUCGGCCAUGCCCUUCAGCACAUGUUGACUAGGGAGAAUGAAGGUAUGGUUGCUGGUAUUCGGGGCAUAGAGUGGGAUGCUGUAGAAUUACCAUCACAAUUUAUGGAAAAUUGGUGUUAUCACAGGGAGACCUUGAUGAGCAUUGCUAAGCAUUAUGAAACUGGUGAGUCUCUUCCCGAAGACAUAUACAAGAAACUCCUUGCUGCUAGGACUUUCCGUGCUGGAUCCUUUAGUCUCCGUCAGUUGAGAUUUGCAACACUGGAUCUGGAGUUGCAUUCGAGAUACACACCAGGUGGUUCAGAAACAAUCUUUGAUGUUGACCAACGGGUUUCUAAGAAGACUCAAGUGCUCCCCCCACUUCCUGAUGAUAAGUUCCUUUGUGGUUUCAGCCACAUAUUCAAUGGUGGAUAUGCUGCUGGAUACUACAGCUACAAGUGGGCAGAAGUUUUGUCUGCUGAUGCUUUCUCUGCAUUUGAAGAUGUCGGCCUAGAAAACGAGACGGCUGUCCAAGAAACAGGAAGAAGAUUCCGGGAAACCGUGCUCGCUCGUGGAGGCGGGAAAGAUCCACUGGAGGUUUUUAUUGAAUUCCGUGGACGAGAACCUUCUCCAGAGCCCCUCCUAAGGCACAAUGGCCUCUUACCAGCUGCUGCAUAAGCUUCACAAACAUGCCCUUCAUAGGCCCAACCCCGCCGCGUAUGGUUAGGUUCUUCAAACUCCUCAGAAUCACACUUAAGACUUGUGCCAACUAGUUUAAGUGGAUUACUAAACUGGCAGAUUUGACUGAUCCGUUAUUUUUACCUCUUUUCCUUCGUAACUUAUAUAUACACAGAGAGUAUAAUUUUGCAGUUUCUUGGACUCAGUUAUUUCACUCUUUUUACAACACUUAUGCUUGGGGAUGGAAAGACUGCUCUAUCAGUACUACCACUUAGAAACAGUUUCUUCUAAGCCCAUAUUGGUGCGCUAUAGUAUUU